AUGGUUGCCUACAAGAACCUCGGACUUGCUGCCACCGUCGUCUUCGGCAUUGCCGAGACCGCCAUCGCCGCCCCCAUGGUCCCCGACUACUCCGGCGCGGCCGGACUCGAGGUCCGCGGCAAGAAGACCAAGGCAUUCAACAACGGAGUCAAUGGCCUGAACGCGAUUGGCAACGUUGCUGGAGCCUUCAACGGCGCCAGGAAGCGUGACCUUGAGCCCCGCGGUAAGAAGACCAAGGCUUUCAACAACGGAGUCAAUGGUCUGAACGCGAUUGCCAACGUCGCUGGAGCCUUCAACGGUGCCAGGAAGCGUGAUCUUGAGCCCCGCGGCAAGAAGACCAAGGCAUUCAACAACGGGGUCAAUGGUUUGAACGCAAUCGCGAACGUUGCUGGUGCCUUCAAUGGUGCCAGGAAGCGUGAUCUUGAAAUUCGCGGCAAGAAGACCAAGGCAUUCAACAACGGAGUCAAUGGCAUGAACGCGAUCGCUAACGUCGCCGGAGCCUUCAAUGGUGCCAGGAAGCGUGACCUUGAGCCCCGUGCUAAGAAGGCUGCUAAGGCUGCUCCCAAGGCCGCUCCCAAGCCCGCCGCCAAGAAGGCUGCUCCUAAGGCUGCUCCCAAGGCCGCUGCUAAGAAGGCCGCCCCUGCCAAGCCCAAGACCAGCAAGACCGAGAUCUUCAACCACGCUCUGAACGGCAUGGAUGCUAUUGCCAACGUGGCCAGCGCUUUCAACGGCGGCGGCGGCGCUGUGAUGAAGCGUGACAUCGAGGAGUACCUUGACCUCCUUGCUGCCCGCGAUAUCGAGGAGUACCUGGAGGCCCGUGACAUCUACGACGACCUCGACCUCCUCGAGGCCCGCGACAUCUACGACGACCUCGACCUCCUCGAGGCUCGUGACGUCUACGACGACCUUGAUCUUAUUGAGGUUCGCGACUUCGACGACGAGUACUACUACUAG